AUGAUCGUUACCUCUUGGCCAUAUCUUGGCCCUAGUUGCGAACACAACUGGCUCGCCUUUCUUCGGGGGAUGGUGCGAGUGCGCCAACAAGGAUACUCAAAUUUCAAACGAUACUUUGAGUUGCUUGAAUUCCGGUGGUACUGUGACAAAGUCCAAGCUGCUAUUGUCAACAACCUCAAUUCUGACACAUAUGAAGACACGCCGUUUGUCAGUCUACUUGGCAUUUGCGAAAACAUCAAGAACUAUCUGGACCGAAACUCGGGCAGAUCAAAUGUUUGGCCGAACUCAAUGCUUCUGACUUACAAGCCAGGCUCGAAAAGCAACAUGGGCACCAAUACUAACCGGGCCGACGCCUGCAAAGACAAAAAGAAAGAAUGCACCAAAUUGAAAAAAUCACUUUGGCCCAAGAAUAACCAACCGCCACGGGCCCUGACCAUGUCCUAUGAUGUAUUUCCUUUCAAUGCGUCAGAAGAAGGAGGCACGGGUGCUGAGGUGGCAUGUGUCCCGGAAGCUCAGCAGAGGUAUCAAGCCAAGAUCAACAGUCAAUUUUCUGGAAUUACGGACAACAACAAUAUUGGGACACUGGGUGGCUCAUUUGACACGAGCGCCUACAACAAUCUUUCUGUGAACCCAGGGACCGGAAUGAUGCAUGUUUUGGGAGGUGUCAAUCUGCAAGGAAACCCAAAAUAG